AUGAGCGCCAGCACCUCUGCCGACUACCCUGUGAACUCAUGGGUGUGGGUGAGGCAGUCUGGCUACCCUUGGUGGCCCGCGAUGGUGCUGGACCCUGCGCAGGCAGGACAAGACCCUCCUGAGGGCACCGAUGUCGUGCUUCUCUGCGGUCCGAGCGCCUCGGCGACGUUGGUGUUUGCAAGUUCCGCGGAUGCGGAGCAGCUGCGCCCCUACCACGGCGCAGCAGAGGACGCGGAACUCAUCGAAGCCGGCCGCAGCGACGAGAGCUGUGCCGCCGCCAUCGAGGAGAUGCUUGCCGCCGUAGCUAGCACUGAUGCCGCGCCUUCAGAAGAGGGCCUGCACACCACGCCGUCUGCCUCUGGUGCUGCGAUGGGGCAUGGCAAUCACGCCUUCUCUGGCGAAGACGACGUCGACUGGGAGGCGCUGGCCGCCGAGGCAGAGGCGGCCAUGGCAGAGCCGCAGAGCGCCGUGGCCCAGGAGAAGCACAAGAAGGAUAAGAAACACAAUAAGCGGAAGAGUAAUGGCAGCAGUGGUGGUGAUGGGCAUGCCGAUUGCGAUGGCUCGCGCAAGACGCGGAAGGAUAAGUCCUCGAAGGGUCAUCGUCGUCACCGCGGUGGCGACGCGGAUUCGGCGAACGAGGCAGAAGUUAGCAGCGGGGGCGACAAUGACGACAGCAAGAAUGACGAGGACGUGUUCCAGCGACGCAAGGGGGCUUUCUCGAGCCGAUCAGCGAUGAAGAAGGUCAAGUAUGAGCGGCAGAGCAAGCUUGAGGAGUACGACCUCGGACCAGGCACGCUAUCCGACUACAGUCCACGUAAUGAUCCUGCAUACUACUACCGCAAGGUGCGCAGUGCACGGCGUGCGGCGUCGUCCACGGAGUUGCGAACCUGCACGCAGGAGUUGCGCGGCUUCAUGUCGCGGUGUCUCAGUGGUGCCGCAACGGCCCUCGACGUCGAGGCGGACAUUCUCGGCGUUCUGCGGCAGCUGAAGAAUGUCGACGUGACGUUGGCGCAGCUGCAGGAGACGGGUGUCGGUGUUGCCAUCGGCAGUCUUCUCCGUUUCUUCACCCCACCUGUGGUGCAGCUAGCGCAGGCAAUACUAAACUAUUGGUUCCACUCCUUGCCACAGAACACGCAGCAACAGCUCUCCGCGGAGAAUGAGGUGGACCGGUGCUCCAUCGAGACCUGCUCCGACGGCGUCGCUGGAGACAACGAGCUUGGUCGCAUUGGUGUAAACCUCUUUAGCUGCUUCACCAAUGAGGAGAUCAACGAUGCGCCGGCGAGCGUCGAUGUGAUGGCGCUGUGCGGCUCCAUCGAGGACGCGCUUGAGCGCCGCUGCGACUCCGAUGCGCAGAUGCUAGUGCUCUUUGCUUUUGGCGACACCAGCGACACCGGCAAGGCGCUGCGCCGCCUCUUGUUGGAGGGCAAGAUUUAUGUGGAGGACAUCAUCAAUCACACAGGGAACCUGCCAUUGCUCGUCCGCACGCGACAGCGCCGCCCGGCGAACAUGCAGUUCACGUUCGACUCCCCAGCGCCCCAGGACCGCAGCGAUAUUGACUCACCGAACUCGCCCUAUGCCGCCUUCUCACCCAACGACGACGGCUCAACUGGCAGCCCCACGUUCGGCUCCCCAACCGGGCGCACCACCACUGCACUCUACAGCUGUCCGCACUGUGGUGCAAACGACGCGUACCAGAGCAGCUACUCAGUGCAGGCGCACGAUAACAUGCCCGACAUCUUGCGCUGCAAGAAGUGUGGGCAGACGUGGAAUGUGGCAGAGUAG